AUGCAUCCCGACAUAUCACUGGGAGACGACAAGCAUAUUGUGACAUCUGAAGUGGCCCUGGAGCUGCCAAGUCAUGAUUCAACCGGCACUGACAAGGUUUUCACGUUCGUUGUGCCACUGUUACCGAGAAUCGAAGAAGACCAGGAUGGGGAUCUCAUCGUUCGUCGACGUGAUCUCAACCAACAUCGGAAAAUUGCAAGCUAUAAUCAUUCCCGAACCCAAAGUCCACCGCAUUACAACACUAAAGGAACGGACACAAUGUUUGUUUUAGAAGCACGCACUCGUUCCACAUGGGACACGGCCGGUACUCAAUUGUGGCGAGCAGCUUUUCUCCUCGUCGAGUAUAUACUCAACGCACCGGAAAUUUUCAAGAACCAAAUUGUUCUCGAACUUGGGUGUGGAAUUGGCUUUGCAUCAAUCGUGGCUUCUCGACUGAGCCAAUGUGUUUAUGCAACUGAUUUGGAUCACGAUGCUCUUUGUCUCACUCAAAAGAAUAUUGAGCGCAACGUUCAUGGAGACAUCCGACCUCGCUGCCUCGAUUGGAGCGAUAGCAACCUGAUAUCAAUAGCCGACGAGACGUCCGCCAAACAGUUUGAUUGGAGUUCGACAGACCAAACCGAACUGAAACAUCUCACAGUCAUUAUCGCUAGCGACAUUUUUUACGACGAUAUCUCAACUCGAUUCUUCUUGUGUGCGCUUCAUCGGCUCAUGCUUCAGUUUCAUCAUGCCAAAGCAUACGUGGCAUCAGAACGACGUUUUGUCUUCUCUGUUGCAACGAUGCAAGAACGUGCCACACUUACGUCAGCGCCAAUCAAGUUCGGUGUCGACUAUGCGCCACCGAAGAAGUUUGCAUGGAAGAGCCAAAGUUAUAACGGUAAACGCACAGCCGUCAAACCCCAUUUCGGCUUUGACUCUUCGCCACUCCUUGUGAUGGGGUCUGACGCUACUUCUGUGGCAAAGCCACGAAAGAAUAUCACCCCGCCCGAGCGUGCUGAGGUUAUCGCUUUCCUCCUGCGGGUCAGCAUUGAGCUACGCCCGCCUCCAGGCGCGAUCGGCUCCAGCGCGACUAAGUAUGGAUGUAGUACUGACCAGAUUUCGCGAUUGUGGCGCCGGACUACCAAGGACAUCAAAGCAGGAGAGCCGAUCAACUACAACAGCGGCAGGAAGGGAAAGAGUGGCCGCAAGACGCGUUUAACGCCGGAGUUCCGCCACGCCCUCAACGACGCCAUCGAACUUAUCCCGCUAGAAGACAGGUCAGAUAUUCGUACUUUGGCGAAUACACUCGGUAUUCCAAAGUCUACGCUGCAUGACUACUUUCUCGCUGGAGUAUUUCGUUGCCACACAGCUCGCGCCAAGCCGAUGCUUACUGACAAGCAGCGUAUCGAUCGAGUCAAAUUUGCUGCUAGUUUUGUGCAGCGUGGUCCCGGUGUCUGUAUUCGAUUCGACAGUAUGAUGGAAUACGUACAUUUAGACGAGAAGUGGUUCUACUUGAAGAAGGACAAGCAACGGUUCUAUCUUGGAGAGCACGAAGAGGAGCCCUACAUCACCGUGAAGAACAAGAACUACAUGAUCAAAGUGAUGUUCCUUGCGGCAGUGGCUCGCCCGCGAUGGUCUGCGAAGAAUCAUUGUAUUUGGGAUGGAAAGAUCGGUGUGUGGCCGUUUGCUGUUUAUGAGCCUGCAGAGCGAUCCAGCAAGAAUCGAGCGGCUGGGACUUUGGAGCUAAAGACAUACACUGUCGAUCGCGACAUUUAUCGACAAGCGCUUUGCCGGAUGGUCAUACCGCGCAUCAAAGCGGUAUGGCCAUCAGGCAAGCGGGUCGUGCUGCAACAGGAUAACGCCAAACCGCACGUCACGGUUGAUGACCCCGAAGUGCACUCUGCGUGCUCAGCUGGCGGCUGGGAUAUGAAGCUUACCGCGCAACCAGCCAAUUCACCGGAUUUCAAUGCGAAUGAUCUCGGGUUCUUUGCUUCACUGCAGUCGUUGCAGCACAAAAUGAAAGCUAAAACUAUCGAGGAUCUAGUCAACAACGUGGACGACGCUUUCGCUAAACUCCACUACACUGCUCUCGACAAAGUUUUUCUGACGCUGCAGUCAGUACUGCAGGAGACAAUGCAUAUCGACGGAUGCAACAAGUACAAAAUCCCUCACCUCGCCAAGGACACGCUACGAACGAGCACUGGUUUGCUACCACCUUCAUUGACAUGUAGUGAUCGAGUGUACGAUAAGGCCAGACGUUUCUUAAGUUCGGUUGGGCAAAAAUAA